CUCUGACGACACAACGCACUUUUUUCACAACUACUUGCGGCGGAGGCAAACCGACGAUCGUAAGACUCAACCUCAACACAUGAGAACAGGCGCAUUGCCUCUCCACCACAGGAGGCUCGAUCUAGUGAUUGACUUUUGAAGUCAAUCACCCUUCAAUGGCGCCGCCAUGAGACCGCUUCUGCCGAAUAUCGGGCCCGCCGCGCGCACGGUCAGCGCAUCCGUCCGCAGCCCGGCAUCGUCGCGCAUCCCCCGCCAGCGAUGCGUCCACCCCACGCCGACCGCCUGUCUCCCUCGCCGGCGCAACUUUUUCACCUCCAAUGUCCUGAUGCAGCAAGAUGGCGGCGAGCCAUCUCGCACGCCUACGGCGGAGAAGAGAGCUGAAGGCGACAAGUCGAGCAGCACGGCGAAGCAAUUAUCGUCGGCACAGAAGAAGCGCAAGCCGACGCUGAAGAACUCCCUCCACCGCGUGGCCAUUGUGGCCCAGAAAGGCGUGCCCGGCAAACAAUCCCCGCCUGCCCCAGAGACUCCCGCCGGCCCGGAUGGCAGCUCUACGAUCAGUGCCGUGUGCAUUGCCGAAUCCUUCGACAUGGACAAGGUGGAGGGCAUCCUCCGCAGCCACGGCUUCUCGCUCGACCCGGACGGCACUGGCUUCGAGGCGCAUGAGGUGGUCCAUGCCCGGGGGCUUAACAAUGCCGAUAUAUUCGUAUUUCCCUCGGGCACCGUCGUGACCUGGGCGCUACCCUCCGAUGUGGUCAACACCCUGGCCACCAAGCAUCUGCUCCCCGCCGCCGAGAUCCCCUUCGUUGAAGAGAAGGAGGUAGAGGACCUCGAGUUCUUGGUCGACCCGGAACAGGAGGAAAGCCGGGUAAGCGGAGCCGUGGUUGUGCUUGGAACUCGUCGCGAGGUGGACGCCGGCGACCGGCUCGACACAACCCUCGCUAAGAUCGCAUUCUCCUCCGGUCUCGCCCGCAGCACCAAGCUGGCGGUACUCGAGAGCUCGCUAACGCGCUAUCUCGAGAGCACGCGGCACAUACCAGACCGGCUGUCGCAGGGCCUGCGGGCGCCGCUAUCGCGGGAACUGAUCCUACAGAAGGCGGGCGAGCUGCUGAACCUGCGCAGCCAGCUGAACCACUACAACGACCUGACGGACGCGCUCCCCGACAUAUUCUGGGACAGCGAGGAGAAGCUGGAAACGUACUACUCCAAGAUCGGCAAAGCGCUCGACGUCGGCGUCCGCAUCAAGACACUCAACGACAAGAUGACGUACGCGCAGGAAGUGGUCAACGUGGCGCAGGGCGUGCUCGACAUCAGCGAGAAGAUGUCGAGUGAGCAACACAGCACGCGGCUCGAGUGGAUCAUCAUCGUCCUCAUUGCCAUCGAGGUGGUGUUUGAGUUAAGGAGGUUAUACAUGGAGAGGUAUGACGCAUUCCAAGACGACCUGCUUGUUGAGUUGCGCGCCUUGAGGGCAGAUAUGCGGAAGUCAGGAGACAGGCCCGACGUCGUUGCGAAACGAUAAGUGUUGUACAGUACGGACUGUGAUGCGCUGGAUAGCGGAUCGAAAUGAUACCCAACUCACAAUAUUGACACCGAACCAACCUUUAUCUUGGGGUUGGAAACCCAGAACGGAGGCUCUGAUAAAAGGGCGAUAUAUGCCCUACUAGUCUAGCUCUCAGACGUGCUUAGAAGCCAGCUGUUCUGAUCUUUAGUGACCACUCUCUAAGUAUGACAAUGAGGAACCAAGCCUGCCAGCCAGUCGGUUGGCAGGGAUGGAGACUCAGGUAGCAGGCGCCUGAGUCUUGCGGUCAUCUAUCGAGUAUCCAACUUCCUAAGC